AUGUCUGCCGACGACUACGUUCCAAAGUUCGAAACCCUGCAAAUCCAUGCCGGUCACGACCCCGACUCGGCCACCCAUGCCCGUGCCGUCCCCAUCUACCAAACCACUUCCUUCACCUUUGAUGAUUCGGCCCAUGGCGCAAGGCUGUUUGGCCUGAAAGAGGUCGGAAACAUCUACAGUCGGAUUACGAACCCUACUGUCGACGUGUUUGAGAAGAGAAUCGCAGCUCUCGAGGGGGGCGUUGGGGCGGUCGCAACCGCGUCUGGUCAAGCGGCUCAGUUCCUGGCCAUUGCUGCUUUGGCACACGCCGGGGACAACAUCAUCUCGACUUCGAACCUAUACGGAGGAACGUACAAUCAGUUCAAGGUCACGUUCCCCCGUCUGGGUAUCCAUACCAAGUUCUUGACCUCGGAAAAGCCCGAAGACUUUGAGAAGGCCAUCGAUGACAAGACUAAGGCGGUGUAUGUGGAAACCAUUGGCAAUCCUCGUUACAACGUCCCGGACUUUGAAGCAAUCGCCAAGGUCGCUCAUGCGAAGGGCGUCCCCCUUGUGGUUGACAACACGUUCGGAGCUGGCGGCUAUUUCGCCCAACCCAUCAAGCACGGAGCCGACAUUGUGGUCCAUAGUGCCACCAAAUGGAUUGGCGGUCAUGGCACCUCCAUCGGCGGUGUCGUGGUUGAUUCGGGCAAUUUUGACUGGAAAGCCAACGCGGCGAGGUUUCCCCAGUUCAACGAGCCCGCUCCAGGCUACCAUGGACUGAAGUUUGCGGACACAUUCGGUUCGUUGGCCUACAUCACCCGCGUCCGAGUGGAGUUGUUGCGGGACCUGGGUGCUUGCUUGUCGCCGUUCAACGCGCAGCAGUUCAUCCUGGGCCUCGAGACGUUGAGUCUGCGAGGUGAACGCCAUGCGUCUAAUGCUAUCAAGCUGGCGAGAUGGCUAGAGAAGCACCCGAACGUCGCCUGGGUGUCAUAUCCUGGCCUUGAGAGCCACCCUUAUCACGAGCUCGCCAAGAAAUACCUCCCUCGAGGCUUUGGCGGCGUCUUGUCAGUAGGCAUCAAGGGAGGGGCGGAUGCGGGCUCACAGGUGGUGGAUGGAUUCAAGUUGAUCUCCAGACUGGCCAAUGUGGGAGAUGCAAAGACGCUCGCGAUUCACCCUUGGUCCACUACGCACGAACAACUCUCUGAACAAGAGCGCCUGGACUCUGGAGUGACGCCCGACGCAGUCAGAAUUAGUGUAGGACUGGAAAACAUCGACGAUAUCAUCCACGACUUUGAACAGAGCUUCGCCGCCAGCGAUGCUGCUCGGACAGAUGGAGAGGCAAACAAGGACAAUGCAGCAGCGGAGGCGAAGCCAACUGUUGAUGCCAAACUCAGUGGGGCCACCUGA